CGAGCCGACGGGACAGCUGGAUGCCUGUGGAACCAUGACUGAAGAUGACGGAUUCUGUGGUCGUGGAGGGUCUAGUGAAAAUACGAGACGGCAAAAAGUGGAAGAGUAGAUGGGUCGUGCUCCGCAAGCCUUCGCCUGUUGCAGAUUGCCUGGUGGUGCUGGUGUAUAAGGAGCGCGGGGAGCGGGCGUCGGGGCAGCGGGAGCGGAGCAGCGUGACCCUGGAGCACAUCUACGGCCUGGAGCCGGGCCUGCCCUACGAGGGCCUGGCGCUGGGCCAGUCGCUCACCGUCCUGUGCCUGAGCCAGAGCGUGGCGCUGGGCUUCGACUGCCGCGAGACGCUGCAGGCCUGGGAGCUGCGCCUGCGCUACAGCCUCGGCGAAGUGCACAGAUUUGGAGUAGGCGUCUUGCCAGGCACCAAGGUUGAGACCGGACCAGCCACCCUCUAUUUGUGCAACAACCUGCUCGUCAUAGCACGGGACCUCCCCCCAGUCAUAAUCGGCCAAUGGAACCUGCUCGAUCUACGCAGAUACGGGCCAGUGACCAAUGGUUUCGUGUUUGAGGGCGGGACACGCUGCGGCUUCUGGGCUGGCGUGUUCUUCCUGUCGUGUGCAGAAGGCGAGCAGAUCAGCUUUCUGUUCGACUGCAUCGUCCGCGGCAUCUCACCCUCCCGAGGGCCCUUCGGUCUGCGGCCCCUCCUUCCAGACCCGAAUGUCUGCCCAGCGUCAGUGGAGGAGAAGCUCAACCAGGAGGCCCAGGAACUGGAGAAGAGACUUAGCAUGCUGUCCCACUGUACCUCUACCUCCAGUUACUCCACCUCAGUGGCGGGCGACGACCGCAGCAUCUCGGGGUCCUCCGACACCUCGGAGACCAGCCAAUCGGACAGCAGCGUCGGCAGCCGUCUGGCCGCGUGGGCCGAUCCCGCCUCCGGUGCCACGGGCGGCGGUCAACCGGGCACCGGCGCCAGGAUCGUCGCGCUGCCGCCGGACGAGAGGCAGCUGCCCGUCACCCUCGCGGGCGGAGCCCGGCUGCCCGGCGUCUCCAUCGCCGUCGUCGGCGGUGGUGGUGCGUCGGCCAAGCCGGCGCGUUCGCGGAGAGGCCUGCAGGAGAUCGGGCGCCAGAGCUCCUCGGACAGCGGCAUCGCCACGGGGAGCCACUCCUCGUAUUCCGGAAGCUUCUCCUCGUACACCAGCAGCAGCCUGGACGUCGGCGGCGGCGCGGGAUCCGGGGGCAUCGGCGGCGGUGGUGGUGGUGGUGGCGACGACUUCGGCUCGGUCCUCAGCCUGCAUCCCCUCGCCACCACCACCACCGCUGGCACUGCCAACGCACCUGCCGAACGGACCCUCUGCACCUGCCCGCCGUGCCCGGGCCACGAGUACCAGGUGCCCUCCUCGCUGCGCUACCUGUACGACACGCCCAGGAGCCUGCUCCUUGCCACUGCCAAGGGCUGGGACUUCUUCCCAGGCAGAAGCGUCUGA